CUUUGCACCGGAAGGUCACUUGAGCGGGAACUACAGUAGGGGCUGAUCACUGAGGACCGUGCGGGCUUUCUUCUUCAUUUACUUACAGUACUGAGUGGAAAGUCUGCCUGAGCUCCUGGAAAAACAUGGCGCCAUCAAGAUAUUCUUCUUCGAUCCCACUUUCCCUAUUCCCCCCAAUCUCCACUCACCUUUCUAAACCUCAAUGAUCAACAGUAGCACAAUGCCAGUCAAACUAUGCACGAUAUCCCCUCUGCGCCGUUUGGUCCUACUCUCCUCCCGUCUGUGGAUCUCAGUCCACGCCUCCACAGUAACAGUUUAUGCCUGAGAUCCCUUUCAUACAUUGCAUAUCGUGUGGUUGCACAGUCCCCCAGAUGUCCUUUCGAAUAUCGGAGCUGUAUCUGGCGCUUUUGCUUCUUUUUCUUUUUCUCUUGUUAUCGUUUCGUUUCGGUUCGUUUCUUCCUACCCAACCAACAUAUGAUAUGAUUCAAGCUUUCCGAACUAGGUGCUGCGUAACCUAUCCAUGUCCUUCGGGAGAUAAUGAACGGACAGUAGCCGGGGAGCUUCGGAAGACAAGGAAAUGGUAUGCAAGUCAUCACCGGAACAGCUCCACACUAGGGUUUGAGCCCAUAGUCAUCCAGACUGGACUGUAUUGUCUGUCCGACAUAAGGGUGAACUGGUGGCAUUGGCGUCAACCGUCCGACGCAGGUAGUAGCAGUAGUGGCGAUACUCAUCAUUGAUUCUGAGAGAUUUUAUAUCUUCGAUCCAUGCACCAGCCGGGGUGUUUGGUCCACCCGCCACUCUUGCAGAUAUCGUGGCUCUGAGACCAGUUG